GUCGAUUUCCCCGGGAGUCGGAGUCGGAGCUGUUGGUGUGGGAGCUGGCUGGUGUACGCUGCCUGAGGUAGUUUGGGGUCGGAUCCGAAGCGGCGGGGGUCGCCUACUCCACCGGGACUGAGUCUGAGCCGGGGACAGGCUAGCCGCCAUGAGGAGAAGUGAAGUGCUGGCAGAGGAAUCGGUGGUUUGUCUCCAAAAAGCCUUGAACCAUCUUCGAGAAAUCUGGGAAGUGAUAGGAAUUCCAGAGGACCAGAGGCUCCAGAGGACUGAGGUUGUCAAGAAGCAUAUAAAGGGUCUAUUGGACAUGAUGAUCGCAGAAGAGGAGAGUCUAAAGGAGAGGCUCUUAAAAAGUAUCAACUUUUGUCGAAAAGAGCUUGACGCUCUGUGCAGGGAAUUAAGCCUGGAAUCCUUCAAAGAGAAGGAAGAGAGCACCAUCUUACAACUAGAAAAGGAUUUGCGCACCCAAGUGGAAGUGAUGCUCAAGAAGAAGAAGGAGAGAAUGCAGGAAUUGAAAGUGCUGCAGGAAAGGGACCAAGACUUCUGUGAGGUUCUUUGUAUGACGCCGUACAGCAUCAGCAGCACUUCGGUCCCCAGCCUGGAGGAGCUGGACCAGUUUAAGCAGCACCUGCAGUCUCUGGCUGAAACCAAGGCAAGUAGGCGGGAGGAGUUUAUCAACACAAAGAAGCAAAUCAUACUUUGUAUGGAAGAACUAGAUCACACCCCGGACACGAGCUUUGAGAGAGACGUGGUGUGUGAGGAGGAAGAUGCUUUCUGCCUGUCCCUGGAGAACAUAGCUGCACUACAGACACUUCUCCGGCAGCUGGAAAUGGAAAAGACUCAGAAUGAAGUUAUGUGUGACGGUCUACGAUCUCGAAUCAGAGAACUCUGGGAGAGGUUACAAAUACCCCCUGAGGAGAGAGAAGCCCUGGCCAUGUUCAUGACUGGGUCAAAGGCCAAGAUAAGGAAUGCGCUGCAAUCAGAAGUGGAUCGACUGGAGGAACUAAAGAUUCAAAACAUGAAGAAAGUGGUUGAAGCGAUCCGGGUGGAGCUCACUCUGUAUUGGGAAAAGUGCUUUUAUAGCCAGGAGCAGAGACAAGCCUUUGCCCCCUAUUUUGAUGAGGAUUAUACAGAGAUCCUGCUCCAGCUCCAUGACGAGGAACUCGUGAAGCUGAAGCAUUACUAUGAGACUCACAAAGACCUUUUUGAGGGUGUUCAGAAGUGGGAAGACAGCUGGAAGCUUUUCUUAGAAUUUGAGAGAAAAGCGUCGGAUCCGAGCCGAUUUACAAAUAGAGGUGGAAAUCUCUUGAAGGAAGAGAAGCAAAGAGCCAAGCUCCAAAAAACUCUACCGAAGCUGGAAGAAGACCUGAAGGCACGGAUUGAACUGUGGGAACAAGAGCACUCAAAGGCCUUUGUAGUGAACGGGCAGAAAUUCAUGGAGUACGUGAUGGAGCAGUGGGAGUUGCAUCGUCUGGAGAAGGAGAAAGCAAAGCAGGAGAGACAGCUCAAGAAGACCCAGCAGACAGAAACAGAGAUGCUCUAUGGCAGUACACCUAGGACGCCCAGCAAGCGGCGAGUGCUGGCCCCCAACACGCCAGGCAAAGUCCGCAAGCUUAAUUCCACCACAGUCUCCACAGUCACUCCCAAUAGCACCAUCCGCUCUGUCUUCGGUGGGACUGUCUACCACUCCCCAGUGUCCCGCCUUCCACCCUCUGGAGGCAAGCCAUCCAAAACUCCUAGCCGUUUUGGGCAAAAGACGGCCCCUUUGGGCAGACAGGGACACAACAAAGAGAACAUCGAGUUGAGUGGCAGCAUCCUGACUGGUGGGUGUCCCUACUCGGCCCCUCUCCAGCGUAACCUCACCAUUAAUUCUGUUGCCAGCACCUAUUCUGAGUUUGCGAAGGACCCUUCCCUCUUUGACUGCUCAUCUGUUGAGUCUCAGCGAGAACUUUCAAAGGCCUCCAGAUCUGAUGGCCCUUCUCGAAUCCUCAAUUCUACAAACAUCCAGUCCUGAGAAGGCCCUAAGCAUCCUCCCUGCUUGUGGCUUCCCUGUGCCAACAUUGGACGCAAAGACACUGGGGUUGCUUGUGUAUAUAUCUAUAUAUAUGUGUGUGUAUCUUUUAUUUCAGGCUUAUUCUCAGUUAAGGAGAUGUUUAAACCAAUGACUAGCUCCAGCGCUCAGGGACUGAUAAAAGGUUACAGCCAUACUGCACAAGCCUUUUAUAGGUCCUAGAGAUUUAGUCUUAAUCAGUAAUUCUUCCUCAUUGAUGUUAAAUAAACCUAGUUUAAUGUAAAUAGUUCAAAGUGUAAAUUUUAAUGUUCUAAAAGACUUAUUGUUUUUACCCCAUUCCUUAACUCAUUUAAAUGUUUUUAACGGUGUCAUUUUUGUUCUUUAAUGGAAUAGAAGGCUGGUUGAAUCCCUCCUUUGUAUAGUUUAUACCUUUUUACAAUAUAAUUUUAACUCAAACUAAUAAUUAAAACUUUCAGUUUGUGAAUUUUUAAUGAAUUAACCCCUUAUUUUAGCUUUGUUCUUCCUCCUCAAAGGAUUAUCCCCUUUGAUAUCACUUAGAAUGCCUACUCUAAAUACAGUACAUGUAAUCUGCUUAUUUGAAAUUUGAAACAGCUUACAAGGAAAACACAAACUACUGCCAAAGACUUGACUAAGAAGAUUAGGCUAAAUCCCUGGAAGGAAGAGAACUUGCUCCCUCUCUCCCAUCUCCUCUAUGUUGUCUUUGGUUAUGUUGGUGGUUAUGUCUCUUUACUCUCCGAGAAUUAAGCCUCUGAGCUUUGUGUGUCUUAUGUUCAUGUUUGUGACCCUUCUCCUUGGCUUUUGUUCUUGUCCGAGUCCUUGUCCAUGUCCACCUUCCCCUUGUGCAGUAAGACUGAGGUUGAGGGGUAGUUACAAAAUUGGUUAUUGAUUUUUAAGAGUCAGAAUCAGCAGUUUUCUAUUUCUAGUGCUAGGAAGCUUCCUUGGUUACUGUUCACGAUGCUGAAGAAUCAUGCUUAUGUACUUCAUCACUCUGGCUCUCCCCAAAGUAAUAUUUCUCUAACUGGGUCUCUUUAAAAUUUGUAUGCCUGAGCACAUGCUGCUAUGUUCAUCACCAUAAAUGGUUCUCCAAAGUUUGUGUGUGAAUUUGUUCUGUAUAUCCAGUCACUUCACAGCAGACCUAUCAAGGGAUGGACUCACAGACUGUUCUCCAGGCCUCCUAGAACUCUCUACUCAUGCACAUGUAUCAUAACAUGCAUAGUAUUCUAGGCUUAAAGCUAGGAAGAAGCUUUAAGUCCCUCUCCAUUGUACCAGGCUGCUUCCUGAUGAAAAAAAAUGAACCAUAUAAAAUGUGAUUUAUUUACAUUACAAAAAUUGAUAUUGGAUAAAAAUUUUUUUCCUAGAAAUGCUAUCAAAGAUGUUAAUCUGUGGACUUUGUAAAGAGAGAAUGCUUUUCCACAUGCACUGAAGCAGCCAUCUCCUUCCCUCAGUGGGAGGAGAAAUAUGAGAAAACCAAGACCAAGAGGAUCAGGGAAGCAGAGUGGCAAGAGCCUGGAACUGGCAAGUUGGAGGACAGACAGAGGGUGCAGUGCCACAUCUACAGUUCAAUGAGCAAGUACUCUGACCUCUUUGGGACCCAUGUGGCCUACUUGGUAUCUAAACGAAAUCACUAGGAAGUAUAGUGGAGAAUCACAAGUUCCAUGCUUGCUGACUUUCUACGUUUGUUUCCUCGUCUUGGUAAAAAUAGAUCACAUUACUUUGUGCCUUAAAAAAUGAUCUAUUAGGCUGGGGAAUUAUAACAUUUCAAUAAAGUAAGAUGUGAAACAUCUCUGAAGUAGAAAGCA